CCUAAAGUUAAUACAAACUCAAUCAGGUGAGUUCAGGGACCUUCCAGUCAUAUGACCUGCAGUUAUUCUACAAGUAAACUACCAUUAUGUUUGUUAGGCUUAAUCACAUGCCCCUAUCUAUCACUGUUGGGUAAGACUUAUUGUCUUAUUAAGGUUGCGCAUACAGUCGCUGCACCUUUACUCUUUCCUGGCAAACAUUAGAUCAGAUGGUGAAGUUGUGCACAAAAAUUGAUCAAGAUCAAGUAAAAAACAGUUUACCGUAACCCAAGUGCAAACAUCUCUGGAAAACAGAUAUGCAUAUGUGUCAAUGUCUUCCUCCGUAGACUGUUGGGUUUUGCUCUGUUUUUGGUUGUGAAAUGUUUAAAAGGCACAUUUCACUUCCCACACUCUUUGUCUUUUCCAGGUCCAAUAAUGGUCCAUCUGGCAGAGACUUUAAAGCCCUUAAAAUAUUUCUUAGAUUAGCACUGUGGAAUACAUGUAUGGGACUUUGUUUUUCAUUUUUUAUGACCAUGAUAUGCAAAUACUUGUGCAAUGUUUACCAUGUUUACCAUCUUAGUUUAGCAUAUCAGUAGCUGAGGCUAAUAGGAGUGUGAAAUUUGAAAGUAUUAAGUCAAAACAAAAGUAUUGGUCAAAUAUACAUUUUUUCCAAUUCAGUGAUUACCAUCUGCACACCUUAUUUGACAUAUGUGUCUGUUGGUUUCUUCUUUUGUAAUUUUCAGCCAGGUAGUCAGUGUGUCACCGUGCAUGUCAGUGUGCUUUGGCAAGAUGAGGAACUGAUCAAACAUGAGUACAAGAGAUAGGCACAAAGAGUCCCAUAUUAGAGGAGGCUGCUAAAUAAUAAUUAAUUACAGGUUGGACGUCAUGAUCCCUCUCUGACUUUAUAAAUGGUGUCCAGGGCCAGCCUGUCAGACACACACACAGGCACUGCUGUGUAGAUGAAUCUUUCUUGCAGCGACCGAUCUUAGUCAAAUCAACUGACAAAUUCACAUCAAGAUGGGGAACAUGCAAUGCCCUGCUGAGGACGCAGCCCUCCUGGCCUCUGUUGCUCGAGACAUCUGCCCUUUUCCAAACUACAGCCCCAGUCCUCUUUUUGCAGACUUGCUCUCCAGCAACUUAUCUUCUCACCUGAGGAGUCACUACACGGCAGUGCAGUCCUCCCUGACCCCCGUGCAGCUGGAGGACUUCACCCAGAACCUGAGGACCACUUUUGGCAGGGAGGGCAAGGUCACUCUCGGUGGGGAGGGGGUAGUGGCCUUGUCCCUGGCUGUGUUGUUUGACACUCUUGCUAGACAGGCCAGAGGAGAGUGGGUGCCAGACUCAGGGCCUAUUCCUGGUUUAUUUGUCAAAGACGUGAGAGGGUACUACCCACCACAUGUCUACACAGUCAGUGAGUACCUGAGGCUAGUACCCCACAUUGCAAACAACCCCACCAGGAUGAGAAAGGAGACAGAGAGGUACUUCAGGCAACUCAUGAUUGAUGAACGAACUGUGAACAGAGAUCCAUACCUUACCAACGAUGCCAUCGUAGGGGUCAACCAUUUGUUUGGGAAUGUAUUUGAAAACAGUUUGCACGUUCACCUCCUCCGUAUUACCAACUCUACAGUUGUAGAUAAUAUAAUGAAGUCUGUUAGCAACACUGAAAUAAGAGGUAAUGCAACUCAUGUCAGCAAAACCAGAAAGAGACGUUUGCCUCCCCCUGAAAACUCAGUUAUCUUCAACCUCAACUGUGAUCCAGAUGCAGCUAGCAAAGUUUUUUUGGCUGAAGUGAACAAAGCAAACAACGUGCAAGAGGCUUAUAAACGAUGUCUACCUUUCAACAUACCAAAGACAUGGUUGCAUUUCAUUGCCAGACUAGUCUGGCUAGAUGUAAUCAACAACCCCAUGCUUGACUUAAAUAGUUUAAAGGAAUCACUGGUAGGUCAAAAAGAAGAUUUUGACCUAAAGGCCAAUGCACUCAGAAAAUGGGCAGAGUAGUUCACUGGUCAACUGUAAAAAUGCAGAUGAAAAAAUGAAAUAAAAGUUGAAGUUCAUCACUCUGUAA